GAUCAUCACCAUCCAUGAGGAUUAUCGAGAGAUGAACUCCUAAGUUAGACCCUUUUUGCUUCUUGCCGCUAUCCGGUGCUGUGCUUCGCAAUCAUUUACCGCUAUCCCCUUACUUUGACUUCGAUAAUAUUCACUCUCAGUCCUGAGGCUAGUGACAUCCUCCGGACCGGGGUAUUCAUCAGCUUAAAUAAUUGCUCAUCCCUUUUGUACCUAAUUGACAUCCUCCACUAUCCCCCAUCCUCGUUCUCGAUAAAUCAUCAUACAUCGGCCGAUACAAACCUCGAUCGCCUUCACAGAAGCUUACCAACCAUGACGGUGAAUGGAGUAUCUUCUGUAAAGACGAAAGUGAUUCUUGUGGGAGUGGGCGGCGCGACAUGCUCCGGCAAGACGACACUAGCGAAGCAUCUCAAGAGCAUCUUACCUGAUAGUGUCAUUAUUCAUCAAGAUGAUUUCGCUCCACCUCAGGAGCUCGUGCCAUAUCAUCCAACUUACAAAGUGCAAGACUGGGAUGCCGCACCAGGUGCAAUCGAAUGGUCUCGGCUGAUCAAGUUUUUGCGCCAUGUGAAAGCCUCAGGAGAGAUACCAGGCGACCAUCGUAGCCACGAUCAUCUGAACGAACAGAAAUUGGUACAGGUAGACGAAGAGAUCAAGCAGCGAUGGCGGCACGAAUUUGAAAAAAUUAAGGAGGCGAAUGCGGAGGCGGGGGAACGCGUAAUCUGGGGUUUGGUGGACGGAUUUUUGCUGUACUGGCAUCCCGAAGUUAUCGAACAACUGGACGUCCGUAUAUUCCUCCGCGUACCACAUGAUGUGUUAAAGGAGAGGCGACAUCAGCGACACGGGUACCACACAGCAGAGGGCUCGUUAUGGCGCGACCCUCCCAUGUAUUGGGAGCAAAUUGUGUGGCCAGCGUAUCUUGAUGCGCACAAAGAUAUGUUUUUAAAUGGAGAUCUAGAACACGGGGAACCCGGGGACAAAGUCAAGGGCGCAUUAGUUAUCGAGCCGCUAACAAAGAGCAUGGGAGAAGUUGUAGAAAUAUGCUGUCAGGCCUUGAAAGACGCCGAGACCAGGUAGACCACAUCACCGUAACCUAUACUUUAGAAUAAUUUUAUGGCAUCUUGCUACAUGUCAACUUGAUGUCUUACAUCGGCAGGGCGGCUC